AUGGAAGAAGCGCUACAAUCACAGGCUGUUCAAAGAACACCUCCUGGAGCCAUAAGGGCCCCUCAAUUCAUCCAUCCAUUCAUCUUUUACCCACCAUCCAUUUAUCUUCUACCCACCAUCCGUUCAUCUUCUACCCACCAUCCAUUCAUCUUUUACCCACCAUCCAUUUAUCUUCUACCCACCAUCCGUUCAUCUUCUACCCACCAUCCAUUCACCUUUUACCCACCAUCCAUUUAUCUUCUACCCACCAUCCGUUCAUUUUCUACCCACCAUCCAUUCACCUUUUACCCACCAUCCAUUUAUCUUCUACCCACCAUCCGUUCAUCUUCUACCCACCAUCCAUUCACCUUUUACCCACCAUCCAUUUAUCUUCUACCCACCAUCCGUUCAUCUCUUACCCACCAUCCAUUCAUCUUUUACCCACCAUCCAUUUAUCUUCUACCCACCAUCCGUUCAUCUUCUACCCACCAUCCAUUCACCUUUUACCCACCAUCCAUUUAUCUUCUACCCACCAUCCGUUCAUCUUCUACCCACCAUCCAUUCACCUUUUACCCACCAUCCAUUUAUCUUCUACCCACCAUCCAUUCACCUUUUACCCACCAUCCAUUUAUCUUCUACCCACCAUCCGUUCAUCUCUUACCCACCAUCCAUUCAUCUUUUACCCACCAUCCAUUUAUCUUCUACCCACCAUCCAUUUAUCUUCUACCCACCAUCCGUUCAUCUCUUACCCACCAUCCAUUCAUCUUUUACCCACCACCCAUAUCUCCGACCACUCUAUACUGA